AUGCGUUGGUGUCCAGGUGUGUGGCUUGUCGCGUGCAUUCUGUUCGUAGAGGGUAUUGACGUAAGAAUAUACCGAAGAUAUCAUGGAUCCACCGUUAAGGUGGAAUGUUUUGACUAUCCAGAGCCAAAGGAUCUCAAAUACUUCAGAAGUUUACACAGUGAUUUUCGCACGAGGAGACCCAGGUACACCCCUCCGAAAUACCGGUCGACACCACCCACGCGACUCGGCAGACGCUCCGAUAUUUUGUCCAAGAAAGAUGAUAUAGUAAAGGAGCACGCCAAGCUAGUCCAAGACAUAAACAGCCUUCGCCAAGUACUAUACGUGCCACCAUUGGCUGACGAGAGCAAGGAUUACGAGGAUUCCAUCUUCCACGAGAUUUUAGAGACAUCAACAACGCCGAGGCCAGUUCGAACUAAAGGUAUACCGAUUCUGCUAGUGGGGGGCGCUUCGCAAUCCAUAACAACCCAGGUACCGAGGAAAAAGACGAUCAGCCUAGUCGGCACGUCAGUGUCGCCAGUGAAACAUCCGUAUCCGUUUGAAUCGCCAACCCGGUCGCCUGUAAGGAUUUGCAUGGCAACACCGUGGUCCAAAAAAGACACGGCUCCGCGGAGGCCAAGUCUGUGGGAGCGAAUUAUAAACACCAUUUAUCCAAGAUAG